AUGUCAUCCCCCUCCAAUGGGGAGGGCUGCGGAAUCGCCAUGCUCCACCUUCUGAAGACCCUGAGCCAGAGCAUCACCUCCUCCAUGGCUGACAUGUGGGAGCUGGAGAUCCCGCUGCUGGUCAAGUACCUGGAAGAACACACCGAGUUUACCUGGAACCAGAAGACGUGGGAGGACAGGCUGAUUCAGUUUCUGAGAAACUCCCUCAAGAUGCCUCGGGGUUCCCGCUGGAGCCUGCGUCUGAGCAAAGAGCUGAAGAACCAGGUGGAGAGCUUCGACAGCCCCUCCCUGGAGAAGCCCCACCUGCAGUGUCGUCCCCAGCGGAGUCCAUGGCAAGGAAUGAGAUCUGAGCGAGUCCUCACCUGUCAGCCCACGGCCCUGAUCAGCUGCAGGAAGCAGCCCCCUCUCCACCUCUGCUGCCAGCUGGACUUCGAGUGA